GAAGGAAGAAGAGGCUCAGCAGUGAGCCACAAAAUGGCCGUACGUUCAUAGUGUGGUUCGGUCGCCCGAGUUUACGUUUACUAAUACAUCACGGAACUUGAACCACUAUAACUUGAAACAUGGCUUUUCCUGGUUCUAUCGCGUUCGAUGAGUACGGAAGGCCGUUCAUUAUCCUGCGAGAUCAAGACAAGCAGAAUCGUUUGACCGGCAACGAUGCGAUUAAGUCGCAUAUCUUGGCAGCUCGGAGUAUUGCCAAUACGUUGAAAACAUCUCUGGGCCCCAAAGGAUUGGACAAGAUGUUAGUUAGCUCUGAUGGUGAUGUAACGGUAACAAAUGAUGGAGCUACGAUCCUGAAAAACAUGGACGUGGAUCACGAAAUUGCCAAGUUGAUGGUGCAGCUUUCUCAAUCGCAGGAUGAUGAGAUAGGCGAUGGCACAACUGGCGUUGUUGUAUUGGCUGGCGCGCUGAUGGAGCAAGCUGAGCAGCUGUUAGACAAAGGAAUUCACCCAAUUCGAAUAGCCGAUGGUUUUGAGCUCGCAGCCCAAUGUGCGAACAAACAUUUAGACACCAUUGCGGAGGCUUUCCCUGUCAACCUCAAGGAUUUGGAACCGCUAAUCAAGACUGCCAUGACCACUCUUGGUUCCAAAAUUGUCAACAAGUGUCACCGACAAAUGGCAGAGAUUGCUGUCAAUGCAGUGAUGGCUGUCGCUGAUUUGGAGACACGAGACGUCAAUUUUGAGUUGAUCAAACUCGAAGGUAAAGUUGGAGGACGCCUUGAAGAUACAAUGUUAGUUCGUGGCGUUGUCGUAGACAAAGACUUCAGUCAUCCUCAAAUGCCCAAGAGGUUGGAGAAUGUGAAGUUGGCAAUUCUCACUUGUCCGUUUGAGCCGCCAAAACCGAAAACUAAACAUAAGCUUGACGUGACUUCUGUAGAGGACUACAGAGCAUUGCGAGAAUAUGAACGUGAGAAAUUUACUCAAAUGGUAUCUCAAGUCAAACAAGCCGGGGCAACGCUCGCUAUUUGCCAGUGGGGAUUUGACGAUGAAGCCAAUCACCUUCUCCUCCAGGAACACCUGCCCGCUGUUCGAUGGGUCGGUGGACCCGAAAUCGAGUUAAUUGCUAUCGCCACUGGCGGUCGCAUCGUUCCUCGAUUCGAGGAAUUGACUCCUGAUAAAUUGGGAUACGCGGGUGUGGUCAGAGAGUUGACUUUUGGAACCACGAAGGACCGCAUGCUUGUCAUCGAGGAAUGCAAGAACUCUCGCGCGGUAACCAUUUUCAUUCGUGGAGGCAAUAAAAUGAUUAUUGAGGAAGCGAAACGUUCCAUCCACGAUGCGCUGUGCGCUGUACGUAAUCUCGUAACGGAUGGAAGAAUAGUUUAUGGAGGUGGAGCAGCCGAAGUAUCAUGCGCAUUGGCCUGCGCUGCUCAUGCCGACAAGAUCAGCACCCUUGAGCAGUAUGCAUUCCGUGCAUUCGCUGAUGCGCUCGAAGCCAUCCCCAUGGCAUUAGCAGAAAACGCAGGUCUUUCUCCUGUCGAUGCUCUUGCCGAAGCCAAGGCGCGUCAGCUGACCGAAUCCAACUCUAGUCUUGGAAUCGAUUGCAUGAACGUUGGCACAACUGACAUGAAAGUUCAGAACGUCAUCGAAUCCCUGAAGAGUAAGCAGCAGCAGAUAUUACUUGCCACGCAAUUGGUGAAGAUGAUAUUAAAGAUAGAUGAUAUCAGAUCUCCCAGUGACAAUGGUAUGGGAGGUUAAAUCUUCCGAACAUUCACAACAAAGAUUGUUCAACUUUUUACGGCACGUUAACUCGACUUGAUUAUUGUAUUAUUAAUACGCUUCAUCUGUAUUGUUUCUGAUAGUUAUUAAAUAUCAUUCAGACCGCUUACUACGCUCUGAUUAAACAAUUAAUUGAAUUCACGCUAAAAUUAAUUUAUAAUAAAAUAAAGCUAUAAUUGACAUAAAAAAAAUUAAAACUAUGUAAUUCAUCUCUAUUUCAUCAUUCAGAUUGCUAUUCAUCGCAGGCAAUAUUCCGAAGGUAGAGGUUAUCCCGCGUUGAUGGUUACAUUUUAUCAUAUGUGCAUUCUACCUACAGUGAUUAGGUGAGGAUUUUCCAAGGAUACAAUAUGAUUAUUCAGCUCGGACUAUCGCACAAUUUGGUCACAAUAAAAAUAGAUUCUGCAAAUUGAAAAAUCCGAAAAAUAUUUAUAAAUAUUAAAUAUUAUCAGAGAUCGAAUGCAGUCUGAACUGAAUAUACAACUUGUACUUGUGCAUUUGAUAUAGAAAGACACGUUGCACACAAAUCCAUUUUGUAUUCUGAUUAGGUAUAUCAUAUUUUUUAUACUACGUAUGUAACACGCAUAAUGACUUGCUUCAACAUUUUACAAGCAUUUACGAGUAACAUUAAUCUAAGAUGACUAAGGUUUAAAAUUUGACAUGAAAUACACAAUUAUUGAAGGCAGGUGAUAAUGUCAAGACAUAGAGAAGAACGCAGUAUUGUAAUUUUUGAAUUCCAUGCUACUCAUCAUCAUUAUUAAACUCAAAUUUCGACACCAACGUAACAAUGCAGGAUGUCAGCAAACCCCGGAAAUUCGGUAAUAGCCUGACAAUCGGCUGAAAAAUAUCUGAAAUCCUUUAUUAUCCUUAAUUUGGUGUGCCUUCAUUUGUAAUUACAAUGAAACAUUACUUUUUUAUGAAUAAAUCAAUAAUCAGA